CCCAACCUGGAGAGAUCAGUGUAGACUUUGUGGGAGAUGACUCUGUUUCUCUGAGCUGGGGCCGUCCUGCCGGUAUGGAUGGGGUCCAGUACAGCUUCAACAUCACCUACUCCUGCUCCUUCUGGGGUCACAACGGUUCCACCAUCGCACCCUCCAACUCCAUUGUCAUCUCUAACCUGAGAUCUGGAAGCGAGUAUGUCUUCAAUAUCACUACUGUACAGGACACAGGGAGCCAGAGCACACCUGCUUCGAUAUCUCUCUACACCAAACCAUCCCAACCUGGAGAGAUCAGUGUAGACUUUGUGGGAGAUGACUCUGUUUCUCUGAGCUGGGGCAGUCCUGUUAGUAUGGAUGGGGUCCAGUACAGCUUCAACAUCACCUACUCCUGCUCCUUCUGGGGUCACAACGGUUCCACCAUCGCACCCUCCAACUCCAUUGUCUUCUCUAACCUGAGAUCUGGAAGCGAGUAUGUCUUCAAUAUCACUACUGUACAGGACACAGGGAGCCAGAGCACACCUGCUUCGAUAUCUCUCUACACCAAACCCAAGGAGAAGCGCUUCUACCUGAAAUUUGUCUGCAGUUCUACAGAACCGUCUGCAUGUGAAAAAGAGAAGCAGAAGGUUCAACAGGAGUUUGAAGCCAGGCUGGCGAAGCAGCUGAAGGGAUUGUACUGGAAACUGAACUGGAAAGAGAAGGAGGUGAAAGAGUGCAUUGAUGGACCAGAGGAAGACGUUUAAAUACUGUUACUCCAAUAUUACAUUUUAAUAACUGCCAUUAUUAUUUUGAGCCUGUGGAACCCUAGAUGCUUUUGAGUAUUUAGUAUUUUAAACGUUUCCUUUAACUUAGUUCCAUGUUAGUUUUUUUGUGAUUAUAAAUUGAAUGGAUAUAAGACCAGACUGGAGGCUUUGAUGAGAGGUGAUCUGGUAAACACUAGUAGAGAUAGUAGAAAUCUGUGCUUUACUCUGACUGAUAGGGAGCUGAUUAGGAAAGUCUCUGGGCUACAGUCAUCAAUGAUUUUACCUAAGAGCACCCAGGCAUGAUGCUGGAGGUGAGUACAUGAUACUAAAUAUAUUGCUAUUAUUAAUAAUAUACAUUUAUAUCCUUUGCAAUGCUUGCUAUCUGUAGACAAUUGUCCUUUUCUUUUGUAAGUUCCUUUGAGCUAAGAGCCUUCUGCUUGGGAUACCCACCUGAUGCCACAGUCAGUGAUCUAGCAGGUAAUGACCACAGUGUUGGACAUUCAUGCUUAAGCUGAUCGUUUUUCUCUAGUUGAUUUGGAGCUGAUAAGGAAAGGCUGGAGGCUCUACUCUUAAACGAAUGAACUCAAGAGUGCAGGAUGAUUGUAAGAUUGUUUCUUCUCAUUGUUAUCAUUAUAAUGUGAUCAUAUUUGAAUAGCUGCAUUAAAAAA